CUAGCCGCCUCUACCAACUACACCAGUCCGAUCCGUUAGCUUUCUUACUUCUCAGCCAUUCUCAGGUAAAUUAUGUCUGACAUUUAUAUUUUUUUUUCCUUUUGUUUCCCAACGCAGUACACCUCCGGACAGCUAACUCCAUUGUUCAUGAGGGAUUGAGGGCUGCAACAAGGUCUUUAGAGAUCGCCGUCGACUUCGUAACGCCUUGGAGGCUGGAGCACUGCCUCCCAUCGCAGUAGGAGGACGCAACAGACGCCUUCAGCUAGGUCAACGAACGACACACGAGAUGCGACGGCUGCGUCGAGUGGAUCUGCCGCUACGGCCUACGGCGAUUUCUCGCGGUGCAACCUCUACGGGUCCAGCUGUGACGCGGCGGCUCGGAGGACUCUAGUGCUCGGAUUCGUAGAGGACACAUAGACCAGAUGCUUGCGACGGUGCGAGCAAGAAAUUGAUUGGGAAGAGUAAGAAAGAAAAUGGGUGGGAAAGAGAAAGAAACAAAAAGAAAACAAAGGGAGAAGUUGCAGAUUUGAAGAUGCAGGAAGAAGAAGAAAGGGAGCGGGAAAGAAGGAAGGAAGGAAAAGAAAAUAAGGAAAAAGAAAAAAAAAAGUGCCAUGUCAGAUGCCACAAACGCAAUAUAACCGGGUACUUGGAAGAUACCUGCUAAAAUAACAUUUUGACAGGUUUUUAAUGGUUAGUGGGUCUAAUUGAGGGAUAUUGGUGUUGGUGGGUGUAAUUGACAUUUUCGAAUAGUAGGAGGAUCUAUUUGACACUUUUCCCCAUAUUUUUUUUUGAUAGUAAUUGGACAUUUCUAUAUUUGAACCGAAUUGGUCAAUAUACCAUGGCAUAUGUAGACCGACUAAUCGGUAGACGCAUACUUCAUUGACAGAAAUAAAUGAGCAAGAGGCCACCGCCAGACCCGGUUUCAGUUCUUAGGGGCCACCGUGCUUCAGUAACAGAUGUUAGUUUUCAUCCGUCAAAAAGCGUAUUGUUCACUGGGUCUGCUGAUGGUGAAUUGUUCAUUUGGAAUACUGUGAAGCACAGAGCAAUAUCAUCUGCCUGGGUAUAUAGUGCACCCCAUGGGAUAACCUGCGUUGCAUCUAGUUCUCUCAUCGGAGAAAACAAAGUUAUCAGCCAAAGCAGGGAUGGAACUGUAAAAUGCUGGGAGUUUGGAGAUGGAGGUUUGAAGAAUUAAUCUUCCAUGUAUUAUUGAGCCAUCCGGCAAUGAUAUAAAUACAAAAUUACAGAUAAGCUAAGGUUUGUUACAGAUCCUAAUAUUUAGGAUCUAUCUAUUCUUAUCUACACUGCGUGUUAAUCUAAGAGUUAGAGUCCUAAAUCAACUCUACUUCCUAUCUAUACAGUUCCGGAUGUACACAUAAUAAAAUAACAUGAAUAUGCUACAUUUUUCUACACUCCCCCUCAAGUUGGUAAGUAUAUAUCAUACAUUCCCAACUUGCUUAUAAGAAACUCAAACACUGGUUUAAACAGCCCCUUUGUAAAGAUAUCAGCUGUCUGCUCUUUAGUAGAUAUGAAUGGUGUGCAUACAAUUCCAGCUUCAAUCUUCUCUUUGAUAAAAUGCAUGUCCACCUCAAUGUGUUUAGUACGAUCAUGUAGCACAGGAUUGUGAGCAAUAUUAAUGGCUGCUUUAUUGUCACAAUAUAAUUUCAUAGGUAGGUCCAUUUCCAUAUUCAACUCUGUCAUCAUUCUCUUGAUCCAAAGUAGCUCACAGAUUCCAUUAGCCAUAGAUCUAAAUUCAGAUUCUGCACUACUUCUGGCAACAACAUUCUGCUUCUUACUCCUCCAAGUCACCAGAUUCCCCCAUACAUAAGUACAAUAUCCAGAUGUAGACCUUCUAUCAGUUAUUGACCCAACAUAAUCUGCAUCUGUAAAGGCUUCUACACUUCUAUUGUCACUUCUUUUAAAAAAUAAUCCUUUCCCUUGACAACUUUUCAAAUAUCUUAGGAUCCUGUAGGUAGCAUCUAGAUGUUCUUGGAAUGGAUUAUGCAUGAACUGACUAACCAUACUGACUGCAAAGGCAAUAUCUGGCCUUGUAUGUGCCAGAUAAAUCAACCUUCCCACCAAUCUUUGAUAUUGGUGAAUAUUAACUGGUACUCCUUCCUUGACAUUUCCUAACUUCUGAUUAGGGUCAAUUGGAGUAUCUAUUGGUCUGCAUGCACUCAUACCUGUUUCAUGAAGUAGGUCUAGUACAUACUUCCUUUGGGAUACCACAAUUCCCUUCUUUGAUCUGGCUAUCUCCAUGCCAAGAAAAUACUUCAAUUCUCCCAGGUCUUUGAUUUCAAAUUCCUGAGCAAGCUUCUUCUUUAGGUCUUCAAUCUCUUCACAAUAGUUUCCUGUAAGAAUUAUAUCAUCCACAUAAACAAUUAGUACUGCAAUUUCUCCCUUAAUGGAGAAUUUCAUGAAUAGUGUAUGAUCUGCUUGGGCUUGUUUGAAUCCCUGCUUCUUUAUGAACUGAGUAAACCUUUCAAACCAAGCCCUUGGGGACUGUUUAAGCCCAUAUAAGGCUUUCUCUAGCUUGCACACCUUUGAGCCAUAUUGUUCCUCAAACCCAGGAGGAGGGCUCAUGUAUACUUCCUCUUCAAGCUUCCCAUUUAGGAAAGCAUUCUUCACAUCUAACUGUUGAAGAGGCCAGUCUAGGUUAGAAGCUAGAGAUAGUAGAAUCCUUAUAGUAUUUAAUUUUGCAACUGGUGCAAAAGUUUCUGUAUAAUCUAUGCCAUAGGUUUGUGUGUAUCCUUUGGCAACCAGUCUGGCCUUAUAUCUUUCAAGUGUACCAUCUGCCUUGAAUUUAGGAGUAAACACCCAUUUGCAUCCAACCCUUGGUUUAUUUUUGGGUACCUCUACAGUCUGCCAUGUCUGAUUCUUUUCAAGGGCAUUCAUUUCUUCUAAAACAGCCUUCUUCCACUCAGGUAUAGAUAGGGCUUCCUGUAUGGUUAAGGGAAUAGAGACAAUGGAAAGGCUAGAGGUAAAAGCUGCAAAUGAUGUAGAUAACUGAGAAUAGGACAGAUAGUUUGAGAUAGGGUAUUUAACACAUGACCUUUUUUCUUUUCUGAGAGCAAUGGGUAGAUUUAGAUCACUGAAAUUAUUACCUUUGUCAUUUUCUGGCAUUGAGUCAGAUUCAUUGACAGUGGCAGGAUCAGGGAUGUCCUCUAUUCUGUGAUUUGGAACUCUCCUUUCAUAAACCUUGCCAAAAAACUUACUUGUCUGCUGUUCAUCAUCUUUCCUUGUUUCAGGAAAAAAAAUUUCAUUUUCUUUUGACUCUUGACUAUUUUCUAGUGCAUCUAACUGUCUAUUAUACUGUGCAUCUAGAUUAAUGUCAAGAGGUUCUAGUUUUUCAAGGAUAUGUGAUACAUUAUUACCAUCUUCAUUAGGAAUCUCCCCCUGAAGAUGAGUACCAAAAAAAGGUUGAUCUUCUACAAAAACAGUGUUCAUAGUUAUAAACAUCUUUUUUGUUAUAGGGUCAAAACAUUUAUAGCCUUUCUGAGUUGAAGAGAGUCCUAAGAAAACACAUUUUUUUCCCUUAGGGUCAAAUUUACUUGCAGUUCUGUCAGGAUUGGUAAUAAAAACUGUGCACCCAAAAAUUUUUAUGGGAAGAGAAUUAAUUAGUCUAGUUUCAGGAAAACAAGUUUGAAGAGUAUCAAUAGGAGUUUUGAAUCCUAGAUUUUUUGAUGGCAUCCUAUUAAUUAGAUAGGUAGCAUGUAAAACAGCUUCUCCCCAUAAAUAUUUUGGAAUUUUGGCAGAAAACAUUAUUGCACGAGUAACUUCAAGUAAAUGUCUAUUUUUCCUCUCAGCUAUUCCAUUCUGAGCAGGAGUAUUUACACAUGAACUUUGAUGAACAAUCCCUUUUUCAGCAAAAAAAGUAUUUAACUUCUUAGAAAAAUACUCAAGUCCAUUAUCACUUCUCACAAUUUUGAUAUUAGUGUUGAAUUGAGUUUGGAUCAUUGAGUAAAAUUGUUUGAACACCUCUUCAAUCUCAGAUUUUUCUUUAAGUAAAAACACCCAUGUGACCCUUGUAUGAUCAUCUAUGAUAGUUACAAACCACCUUUUUCCUUUCAGAGUUGAAACUCUAGAUGCACCCCAGAUAUCACUGUGUACAAUAGUGAAAGGACUAGUUGGUUUGUAACUAUGAGGGAUGUAAGAACUCCUAUGAUGUUUGGCAAGUGCACACAUAUCACAAUGAAAUGAUGAAGGAUUUUUAUUAAGAAAUAACUUAGGAAACAACAUUUUCAAAUAGGAAAAACUUGGGUGACCUAAUCUAUAGUGCAUUAGGUACACUUCAUUAUUACAAGGAAAAACAGUUUGCAAAGAAGUUGUUUCUUGACCUUGUUUAUUCAAUUGUGUUCCUUCAUCAAAAGUAUAGAGGCCAUCUUCCUCUCUAGCACUGCCAAUCAUCUUCCCUGAUGCCAGAUCCUGAAAAAUGCAAUAAGAGGGAAAAUUUUUUACACAACACUGAAGAUCUUUAGUAAUUUUGCUAAUAGAGAUAAGAUUGCAGGAAAGUUUAGGAACAUGUAAGACUUUGGAAAGGUUAAUGGAUGAGGAAAUUUUAAUAUUUCCCAUCCCUGCUAUGGCUGAGAAAGAGCCAUCUGCAACUCUAACUUUUUUAUCUCCUGCACAAGGUUGAUAAGAAGAAAAAAACUUUGGAAUAUAGGUCAUGUGGUCUGUUGCACCUGAGUCAAUGACCCAGGUGUUUUUAGUUUUUUCAGAACAAAAAUAUGAUGUUAUUUUACCAUUCUGGGCAAAAGAACAGGUAGGGUUUUCAGGAUUGGAGAUUUUCUGGGUAGGUAUGAAUCUGAGUAGGUACUCUAUCUGUUCCUGAGUGAAUGGUAGCUGUUUAGGUUCAACUCCUGCCUCUUGUUGAGUCUCAGUCACAGUAGUUUGUAGGGCCCUUUCUACUUUCUUCUUCCCAGCUCCUGGUGGUUUUCCAUGGAGUUUCCAGCAUGUAUCCCUUGUGUGCCACAGUUUCUUGCAGUGAUCACACCAAGGUUUUUUCUUGUUGUCAUCACUUCUGGCCACCAAAGCUGAAGAUUCCCCAGGUUCCUCAUUAGCUGGGGUGUUGUACAUGACCUUCUUCCUGCUAUCCUCCAUCCUGAUUUCAGAAAAUACCUCCCUGAUAGAAGGUAGAGGUUUUUUUCCAAGUAUCCUCCCCUUAACUUCAUCUAGGUCCCUAUUGAUCCCUGCUAGAAACAUAUAGACCCUAUCAUUCUCUUCUUUUUUCUUAUGUCUGGCCAGAUCCUUAGCACUCUCCCACUCUUCAUCAUCAUAACAUUGAUCUAAUUCUUGCCACAGAGAUACCAUUUCAUUGUAGUAUGAAAUAAUAUCCCUAUUUCCUUGUUUAGAUUGCCACAAUUUGGUUUUGAGUUCAAAAAUUUGAGAAGAGUUCUCAAGGUCUGAAUAAGUUUCCUUAAUAGAAUCCCAUACCUCCUUUGCAGUUUUCAUAAACAUAUGAGGUUUGGCAAUUAGGGGCUCCAUGGAGUUGAGAAGCCAAGCUGUUAUGAGUGAAUUCUCUGACCUCCAUGUACUGUACCCUUCUUCUGCAGGUAUUUUUGGUUGGAUUUCUCCUGUGAUGUAACCCAGCUUUCCCCUCCCAUCAAUUGCAAGUCUGACAGAUUGAGACCACUCCAGAUAGUUUGUUCCAUUCAAUCUAUGACUAGUGAUUAUCAUAGAUGAAUGAAUAGGAGACUGGUAAUUUGUCAUAGAGCUAAUUUGGGAGUUAGGGUUGGUAGUGUGUGAGGAAUCAGCUUCACUGGUUUCUACCAUUGUUUAAACCGAGUCUCUGAUACCAUGUAGGUUUGAAGAAUUAAUCUUCCAUGUAUUAUUGAGCCAUCCGGCAAUGAUAUAAAUACAAAAUUACAGAUAAGCUAAGGUUUGUUACAGAUCCUAAUAUUUAGGAUCUAUCUAUUCUUAUCUACACUGCGUGUUAAUCUAAGAGUUAGAGUCCUAAAUCAACUCUACUUCCUAUCUAUACAGUUCCGGAUGUACACAUAAUAAAAUAACAUGAAUAUGCUACAUUUCUCUACAUGCUUAUAUUGUUGGAUGCAUGCCUAGUCGCCUACAUUCCAACACUACAAGAAAACAAAAUAUGUUUUUAGUCGUUAUCACAAUACAACAGAAACAAUCACAACUGUAUUUUAAUCCCAUAUCACCGGAUCGUAUAGUCAUGAUUACAAUGUGAAGGUAAAAUGAGAAAACUACAAUUUGAGCUGACCAGUUAUCAUUCCACCCGACUACUGAAUCAGUUGGCAAAAUUAGUUAUGAGUUAUGACAUAUUGUACACUUUUUACAUUGACUUGGGGCGCAUAGCACCUAGAGAUGGACUAUGCCAUUUUUUGCAAUCUGUCUUCCCUUAAACUUGCUAGUUGUCUCCCGGGCAAUCCUGCUUUGAGUGCUUUUGUGAUGAUGUUUCUAUCAGCCAUAUAUUUUAGAUCAUCUCAAUUUAAGUUUUCAUUCUCAACAGGACUCCUCUAGUCACAUUAAAUACAAGCUCUCACCACUUCUGUAAGCUUUCACUAGUAAAGUGGCCAAAUGGAGCUCAAUAUAUCAACAAAGACAGGGGGAGCAUGGGAAAUGUUGACAAUAAGAAGGGCAUUGAUGAUGAUAAAGUACAUUCACAGGAAGUUGAAGAUGUUGGGCAUUUUGCAGGGUGCGGAUACUUUGCCAUACCAGAGCAAUUAUCACAUAAGGUUGAGAUUUGGGAUCUCAAUACUGCAGAAAGAUUUACAGCACUACCUCAGAGCUCUGGUGCUUCCAACCCACAGUCGAGAGGAUUGUGCAUGGCAGUUCAAGCAUUUAUAUCUCCUGAUUCUCAGGGUUUCCUUAAUGUUUUAUCUGGCUAUGAGGAUGGGUCCAUGCUUUGGUGGGAUUUGAGGAAUCCUGGUGUCCCACUGACUACUAUGAAGUUUCAUUCUGAACCAGUUUUAAGCAUAUCUAUCGACGGAUCGUGCAAAGGGGGGAUUUCUGGAGCUGCCGAUCAGAACAUUGUGAUGUUCACACUAGAUCAUUCAAUGGGGACCUGUUUAGUCAAGAAGGAAAUUGAUUUGGAGCGACCAGGCAUAGCUGGGUCCUCAAUACGUCCAGACGGCAAAAUCGCUGCAACUGCUGGUUGGGAUCACCGAGUUAGGGUAUACAAUUAUCGCAAAGGAAAUGCUUUGGCCAUACUGAAAUAUCAUCAUAGCUUGUGCACAGCUGUUUCGUUCUCACCUGACAGUAAACUAAUGGCCUCUUCUUCAGAAGAUACAACUGUAGCAUUGUGGGAACUUUAUCAACCAGGAACGUGAUUUGGAUCUACUCCCAAGUAUCCUGCACGUGUAUUUAAUUGUAAAUAAAUUGUGGACAAAUGCUGUAAGUUUGAUUAUUUCGUAAUAAUAAUUUGUUUCUUGAUAGAUAAAAAAGGAUUUUCAUACGUAGAGUAUGAGAUACUAAUUACGUAGUAUUGAUUAACUACACUGGAAAUUGUCCUAAAGAGGUGUAAAUAGGUUUUGAAAUUCUAAAAUAGAACUACUAUAUUUUUCUUCUCGGAAUAGGAUUCAUGACUGUCAUGUUAAUGCUUAAGUAUUACAACUAUAUCAGUUGUAAUGACUAAUGAUUCUAAGAUGACAGUAAAUAUUGUUAUGUUACUCCUAUUUUGGGAAGAAAAACAUAAUAGUCAUAUUUUGAAAUUUUGAAACUUAUUUACUUCUACUUCCAUUUGAAAUCUUGAUUGAGAUGGUUAAAUUUUAGGAUGUAUUUAAUUGGAUUGAUUUUUUCUGGUUUGGUUCAUUUAA